GCGGUUUCCCUCGGUAGCCGCGCAGCGCCUGCACCCCGGCAGCCCCAGGCCCCGCGGCUGCUCGGGCUGCCCGCGCCCGGCCCCGCCGGUGCCGCCCCCGCCCGGCGCUGCUGCUCCCGGAGCCGGUAACCAGGAAGAGGGAGCAGGAAACUCGAGCGGCUGCGGAGCCUCGGGCAGGGAGGAUGGCCGGCGGCGGCCCGGCGUGUAAAAACCACUGCCACGGGGCUCAUCGACCUCAUAUGCACAGCUGUCGUGGCAGCCAUGGGAAUAAAGAUGCACCGGUGCUACCAGGACCACCUCCCGUUGUGGAAGACCCCAGCAUCUGUGACAUUGUCAAGGCGACACAGUAUGGGAUAAUAGAGCGAUGCAAAGAACUGGUGGAAGCAGGAUAUGAUGUUCGACAGCCAGACAAAGAGAAUGUGACUCUUCUUCACUGGGCAGCAAUAAACAACAGACAGGAGCUGGUCAAAUAUUAUAUUUCCAAAGGUGCAGUAGUGGAUCAGCUAGGUGGAGAUUUGAAUUCCACCCCUCUUCACUGGGCCAUUAGGCAAGGACACCUAGCUAUGGUCAUCUUAUUGCUGAAAUGUGGAGCAGAUCCCAGUCUUAUUGAUGGGGAAGGAUUCAGCAGCAUUCACUUAGCAGUGCUGUUUCAGCACAUGCCCAUCAUAGCUUACCUCAUAUCAAAGGGCCAGAACAUAGAUGCCACAGACCUGAAUGGGCGGACACCUUUAAUGUUAUUAGCACAGAAAGCCAUUGGACCAGAGCCCACGAGGUUUCUCUUAAAGUUUAACCCCUCUCUCAAUGCAGUAGACAAUGUUCAAAAGAACACUGCACUGCACUGGGCGAUAACAUCAGGAAAUACCAGUGCAGUGGAUCUGUUGCUGGAAGCUGGUGCUAGCCUGGAUAUAAAGAAUGCCAAGGGAGAGACACCACUUGACCUUGCUUAUCAAAGUCCGGAUCGCUUCAUGCUUUAUAUGGUGAAAGAGGAGGAAAGAACCAGAAGCAGAAGAAACAGCAGGUUACUGAAAAUAAUAGAGAAAUAUGAGGUCAUCCUGCUGCUGGCAUCUUCCUUGGCACUGAUAUGGGCUGUAGGAUAUGUAAUGAACCUAAGUUCUGAUUCUUGGCUUUUGAAAGGAGGACUGCUUCUCUUGCUGCUAUUUGGGAUGGCUCUGUUUGUAAGACAAUGUGUGGGGCUCAAGAAUUUAAGGUACCUUCCCACAGCAUUUCUGCUAAGUUCAGUCUUCUGGAUGUCCACAACCUGUUUUUUCUGGCUGCUGCCUGAUGUAACCAACACAACUCUGGAAAUCCCUGCCCUGUUCAGUGUGUUGGGGCUUCUUUAUUAUUUCUAUAAAACUUGGAGAACUGAUCCUGGAUAUGUUAAGACCUCAGAAGAAGAAAGAAGAGAGAGCAUUGCAACUCUUGCUGAAGCAGGUUGCUUGGACUUCAGAACGUUUUGCACGUCGUGUCUUGUGAGGAAGCCUUUGAGAUCUAUGCAUUGCCUUGCUUGUGAUUCCUGUGUAGCCAGAUAUGAUCAGCAUUCUCUGUGGAUUGGACGGUGCAUAGGCGUUGGGAACCAUCGUUACUACCUGUUGUUCCUGUCCUUCCUGACCAUGACUGGUGCCUGCCUGCUUUAUGGAACUCUGCUAUAUUGGUCAAGCCACUGUGCAACAAGUUACCAUCAGGAUGGAGCCUGGAUAUACUUCACCCAGAUAACUCUCUGCUCUCCCUGGGUUUCCUACAUCUUUGCCAUAGCCUGUUUCCAUGUGGCAUGGGCUUCGCUGGCACUGACUCUUCAGCUUUAUCAGAUUGUGUUCUUGGGCUUGACCUCGCAUGAAAGAGUGAACCUCCUGACGCAGAGAAAAUCUUCUAAGCAUCCUGUGUCACUCAGGAGAACUCCAUACAAUCUUGGAUGUUUCCAGAAUCUUGCAGACUUUUUUCAGUGUGGCUGCUUUGGGAUGUUCAAACCCAAUGCAGUUGACUGGACCAAACAGUACAACCUCUUUCAUCUGGCAAAGGAGAAGAACGUCCAUUCUGUAUGAAGUCUUGCUGAGUUGAAAGCUAAAUAAAACUGGAUAGUUUGUGCAUUUUUACAAGUUUUUCUGAAGUUGCUUGGUUUUUACUGUUGUUCUUUCAAAUAUUAAGCUUCCCUUGCAUAAGCUACAGCAGGUUUGUGUGUGGAACCAUCACUGUGUGUCUGUGUUUAUAGAGUUUGAGCUGAAACUUGGAAAUUCGAUGUGAUGAGGUGACACUAAGAAUGUAUUUUUUUAAAGAUAGGUCCUUAGGGUAGAGUUUCUAAAUCCUGUUGGUACUCUGCUUUAUUUUUCAGAGAGUAUAACCAGGUUACAUUUGGAAAAUAAGGGGAAUGUUUGCAUUUUUAAAUUUACUAUUAUAUCGACCUUGUAAUUUCAUUGAUGUUGUGCAAACCUCUGUUAAGUCUUUGUAUAUGGAGAGUUUACAUGUAAUAAAAUAGAACUUUAUGCUUCUAA